UUGAAAAACACGGAGGCAGCGCUCGGUAGAAUUUGUGAUUGGGGUAACGGAGGUAUUUACAGUCGUACAGAGAAAUAUAUUAUGAAAGCAAUGUCCCAUCAUUACGUAGUGACGGCUCACAAACCGACAGCUGUCAAUGCUUGCGUGACCGGUAAUUUCACAUCACCUACGGAUUUGAAUCUGAUACUGGCCAAAAAUGUGCGUUUGGAGAUAUAUCUCGUGACGCCGGAAGGCCUAAGACCCUUGAAGGAAGUCGGGAUCUACGGUAGAAUAGCUGUUGUAAAAUUUUUCAGACCGCCGCAUGAAAAAAAGGACCUUCUGUUUCUGUUGACAACACGGUACAACGCUAUGAUUCUGGAAUGUAUCGGCGAAGGUGAAGAUAUAGAAAUUAUAACAAAAGCACACGGCAAUGUCGCAGAUCGUAUCGGAAAGGCUUCAGAAACUGGAAUUAAAGCAGUAAUCGAUCCUAAAGCGCGAGUAAUCGGUCUCAGAUUGUACGAUGGUCUCUUUAAGAUCAUACCGUUGGACAAAGACAAUCCGGAACUCAAAGCGUCUUCGAUUCGUAUGGACGAACAGCAGGUGCAGGAUGUCAAUUUUCUACACGGAUGCGCUAAUCCCACCUUAAUUUUAAUUCAUCAGGACAUUAACGGUAGACACGUGAAAACACACGAGAUUUCCUUGAGAGACAAGGAGUUUGUUAAAAUACCAUGGAGGCAGGACAACGUAGAGCGAGAAGCUAUGAUGGUCAUUCCUGUACCCUCUCCUAUCUGUGGUGCAAUAAUAAUAGGACAGGAGAGUAUUUUAUAUCAUGACGGUACGACGUAUAUUGCGGUGGUACCUCCAAUUAUAAAGCAAAGCACCAUUACUUGCUACGCCAAAGUGGAUAAUCAGGGGCUGAGAUACUUGCUGGGCGACAUGGCCGGCCACUUGUUUAUGUUAUUCUUGGAGCAGGAGAAGAAGCCCGACGGCACACAAGUGGUGAAGGACUUAAAAGUAGAGAUGCUGGGCGAAAUCAGUAUACCCGAAUGUAUAACCUAUUUGGACAAUGGCGUGAUAUUUGUCGGCAGCCGCCUCGGUGAUUCGCAGCUGAUAAAAUUAAUAACAAAGGCGGACGAGAAUGGCUCCUACUGCGUGCCGAUGGAAACCUUCACUAACCUCGCACCUAUCGUCGACAUGGCCGUGGUGGAUCUCGAGAGGCAAGGCCAGGGGCAGAUGGUCACGUGUUCCGGUGCCUUCAAAGAAGGCUCUCUGAGAAUCAUCAGGAACGGCAUAGGUAUCCAGGAGCACGCGAGUAUCGACUUACCGGGGAUCAAAGGCAUGUGGGCCCUGAAAGUCGGCGGCGGGAAUUUCGACAAUACGCUGGUGCUGUCGUUCGUCGGACAAACCAGAAUCCUGACUCUGAACGGCGAGGAGGUCGAAGAGACCGACAUACCGGGCUUCGUCGCUGACGAGCAGACGUUCCACACGGGCAACGUCACGAACGAUCUCUUUAUUCAAAUAACCCCGACGUCCGCCAGAUUGAUCUCGCACGAAACCAAAGUGGUCGUCUCGGAGUGGGAGCCGGAAAAUAAGCGAACCAUCAGCGUGGUAGCCUGCAACGGCACGCAGGUCCUUUGCGCCACGGGUAACGAUCUGUUUUACAUGGAGAUCAUAUGCAACCAAAUCGUGCCCAAGGGAUUCGCCACUCUGCAGCACGAGGUGGCGUGUCUGGAUAUUUCCCCCUUGGACGGCAUCAGCGAGGCCAAGAUCGUCGCUGUGGGCCUGUGGACGGACAUAUCAGUCCGUAUCUUGACUCUACCCGGCCUGGAAGAGAUCAAUAAGGAGCUCCUCGGCGGGGAGAUUAUACCCAGGUCCAUUCUGAUGACCUGCUUCGAGGGUAACACGUAUUUGCUUUGCGCACUGGGCGACGGUAGCAUGUAUUACUUCACUUUGCACAAACAAAAUGGCAUACUAUCCGAUAAGAAAAAAGUCACCCUGGGGACUCAACCUACCGUUCUGCGGACCUUCCGCUCCUUGUCCACGACGAACGUGUUCGCGUGUUCGGACAGACCUACCGUUAUUUACUCCUCCAAUCACAAGCUCGUCUUCAGCAAUGUCAAUCUGAAGGAAGUGAAUCACAUGUGCUCGCUGAACGCGGAAUCUUAUCCCGACAGUCUGGCGUUGGCGACCGACAGCACCGUCACUAUCGGUACGAUCGACGAGAUCCAGAAGCUGCACAUAAGGACCGUGCCGCUCGGAGAGUCACCGCGAAGAAUCGCCUAUCAAGAGAGUUCCCAGACCUUCGGUGUGAUCACGAUGCGCGUCGACGUUCAGGAAAGCAACGGCGUGAGCGUCGUGAGACAUUCAGCGUCCACCCAGGCGGCCUCCACGUCCAGCAGCAGCCACAUCACGUCGCACAACAAGCCCAGCGGGCAUACGGCCAGCGAAGUUGGCCAGGAGAUCGAGGUUCACAAUCUUCUCAUUAUCGACCAGCACACCUUCGAGGUCCUGCACGCGCAUACUCUGAUGCCCACCGAGUACGCGCUAUCAUUGAUCUCGACGAGGCUAGGGGAAGAUCCCACCUCCUAUUUCGUGGUCGGGACUGCGCUCAUCAAUCCGGACGAGACCGAGCCGAAGAUGGGCAGGAUAUUGUUGUACCACUGGAGCGACGGUAAACUCACGCAGGUCGCGGAGAAGGAAAUAAAGGGCUCGUGUUAUUCUUUGGUUGAAUUCAACGGGAAACUCCUGGCGAGCAUUAACAGCACCGUACGCCUGUUCGAGUGGACCGCCGAGAAGGAGCUCAGACUCGAAUGUAGUCACUUCAAUAACAUUAUAGCGCUUUACUUGAAGACCAAAGGUGACUUCGUCUUGGUCGGUGACCUCAUGAGAUCUUUAACGCUCCUGCAGUAUAAAACCAUGGAGGGUAGUUUCGAGGAGAUAGCCAGAGAUUACAAUCCCAAUUGGAUGACGUCCAUCGAGAUACUGGACGACGAUACUUUCUUAGGCGCCGAAAAUUGCUUCAAUCUCUUCGUGUGUCAGAAGGACAGCGCCGCGACUUCCGAGGACGAGAGGCAGCAGAUGCAGGAAGUAGGUCAGUUUCACCUGGGUGACAUGGUCAAUGUUUUUCGGCAUGGCUCGUUGGUGAUGCAGAAUCUGGGGGAAUCGAGCACGCCUACUCUGGGUUGCGUACUGUUUGGGACCGUCAGCGGCGCUAUCGGCUUGGUCACGCAGAUACCGUUCGCCUUUUACGAGUUCCUACGCAACCUCGAGGAACGACUGAACAGCGUGAUCAAGAGCGUAGGCAAGAUAGAACACAAUUUCUGGAGAAGUUUCAACACGGAACUCAAGAUCGAGCAGUGUGAGGGGUUUAUAGACGGCGAUCUGAUAGAAAGCUUUCUCGAUUUGAACCACGACAAGAUGGCGGAAGUUGCGAUGGGCCUUAUGAUCGAUGACGGCAGUGGUAUGAAGAAAGAAGCGACAGUGGAUGAUCUUGUAAAAGUGGUCGAGGAUCUUACGAGGAUACACUAAACCAACGUAUAUCCCAUAGAUAAGCGGUACUUCAAACCUGUGAAAAGUUUGCGAGGAUAUACCAGAAGAGGAUAGAAAUGAGGAACGAAAGUGUUUAUACAGUUGUCUUUUUGUUAUCAGUGGUAUGUGAGAAUAAUAUUCGUGACGUAAGUUUCUCUCUCUCUCUCUCUCUCUCUCUCUCUCUCUCUCUCUCUCAAGAGGUUCUUUCAUAUAUAUAUCUGAAUAUAACGCGGUAUCGUUAGCAAUAUUGAAAGCGCAGCAAAAUUAGCAUACCCUUUACGCGCAUCUCCGCCGCACCGUUACUUAGCACCCGUGCCGUAAGCCGUAUUUUUUUAGGAUUUGUGCAUGUGAUGUAGAAGAUGCAGUGGGGGGAGGGGGCAAGAUCCGCUUAUAAAUUAACUUCAAAACGUGCUCGCAUUUGUAGUACCUUUAUAUCUUUGUAAGAUUGAGUGUAAAUAAAAGGAAUUAUCCAUUUUGAGGUAA